AGCCCGCUGGGUGCCCUCCUGACCCCAGGGCUCUCAGUGCGCCAUGGGCAGCGCUAAUGAUAGAGCGGUGCUGCAGACCAUCUUCAACCCCAGCACACCCUUUGGGGAUGUCCCAGGGCUGGAUGAGGAUGAGGACGUUGAGCAGGAAGAGGAGGAAUCGGCCUUUGCUCCGGAGCUGCUGGAGCAGGUGAAGGACCUGGAGCUGCAGGGUGUUUCUGCUGCCGAAUCCGGAGACCUGAGCGCAGCCCUGGAGCGGUUCAAUGUCGCCAUCCGCCUGCUGCCCGAACGCGCCUCUGCGUACAACAACCGGGCACAGGCGCUGCGCCUUAAGGGCGAUGUAGCAGGCGCAUUGCGGGACCUGGAUGCCGCCAUCCGCCUGGGCCGUGGCCGUGGUCGCGCUGUGUGUCAGAGCCUGGUACAGCGCGGGCUGAUCCACCAGCUGCAGGACAGACAGGACGAUGCCCGGCGGGACUUCCAGCAGGCGGCACGGCUGGGCAGCGCCUUCGCACGGCGCCAGCUGGUGCUGCUCAACCCCUAUUCAGCGCUGUGCAACCAAAUGCUGGGAGAGAUGAUGGCAAAGCUGCGCAACCCUGAUGUGACCGGCAGUGAUUGAGGCUGCCCGACCCCCGUCCCAGCUGAGCUGAGCUUGGAAGCAUCUGAAGCUGCUCCCCCCAGCUCCAUGGGGUGAUGCCAUGGGGGAAUCUUGCUGCUGCUCAGCUUUGUGGCAGCUCUGUCCCAUCACAAAUAAACCUCCCUGGCUGCACA